AUGGCGUCGCUCACCAUGAUGGCGUCCUUCGCCGCCGUGGCGGUGGCCGCGCCCUCGCGCCGCGGCAGCUUCGCCGUGGUCAGGGCCGCCAAGGCCGACCGCUGCCAGCAGGAGCCCGCCAGCGCCAGGCUAGCGGCGGCGGCGGCCGAGGAGGCCGCCGAGGCCCGGCCCGCCGAGGGACGCCGCGCCGUCAUGCUCGCGGCGGCUGCGGCGGCCGUGGCGGCCAUCGGCGGCGCCGGCGCCGCCAUGGCGGACCCCAAGAAAGGGAGCCCCGAGGCGAAGAAGAAGUACGCGCCCAUCUGCGUCACCAUGCCCACCGCCAAGAUCUGCCACAACUGA